UGAGCCCUUUCUUUGGGUUUCAUUGAGCAAUGCUCUAGUAGAGUCAACGUAGGCAAACAGCUGCCAGCACCCUCACCAUGAAAAUAGGAGAUGCCUCGGUGGUCCUUGGUCUGGCAUUUUUCUGCUUCUUCUCAGAUGUUGCCAGUCAAGCUUCGAUUAAGAACGAAUGCAGGAAAAUUUGGUCACUCCUGCGCAGCGGGAAGUAUUCCUGUCCCAUCACCAGGGAGACCUUCAGCAGCCCAAAUAAAAAAGGAGACCUCAACAAGUGCAUGAUGUGCCAAAGGCUGCUGGAAAGAGACUCAACUACCCAGGGGAGUGGUGGAGAGCUGGACAGGAAUGUGAACUCCUUGGGAAAGGACGAGUGUCGGGAGUUUCGGGAUCUGUUCAAGAGAGGGAAACUCACCUGCACCAGGGAGAACGACCCUGUCCGGGAUGCCUCUGGGAAGCAGCACAGCAAUAAGUGCAUCAUGUGUGCAGAGAAGUUCAAAAGGGAGAAUGAGCAGAAGUUAUCUAAAAACAGACAAGGAAAAGAUAAGGAUGACUGCAGUGAGUUCCGCUCCCAGUUUGAAGCCGGCGGCCGCCUGUCCUGCACCAGGGAGAAUGCCCCUGUCCGGGAUGCCUCUGGCAGGCAGCACACCAACAAAUGCCUCAUGUGUGCUGAGAGGUUCAAAAAGGAAGCUCAAAGAGGGGGUGGAACUCUCCAGCGCAACAAACUGCCUGCUUCAGAGAGGACAAAGCAGAAGAACUGUGGUGGCUCAAGGCAGGGUGUAAACGAGAGGUGUCCUUUCUCCUCGGGCAGAGGCCCUCAAGUGCAGCGUGGCAGGAACUGCAACCGGCCACCAGGCCGUAAGUCCCAGAGCAGAGACAGCCACGAGGACCCCACGCUGGACUGUGAGCGAAUUCUGCAUGGGGUAAAGGGUGGAAGGAUUUUCUGCAGCGAAUCCUCACAACCACUCUGUGGCACUGAUGGGAAAACAUACAAAAAUGAAUGUGACUUGUGUUCAGCUGCCAUGAGAGCUUCAAACUUCAUCACGGUAAACUAUCGAGGCGAGUGCCGAGAGCCUGGCCCUGCAGUGGAGUAAUGGAGUUCAGACUGCCAGCAAACACCAGGGAUCAGCUGUGACCAAAGAGCAAGUAAAGGAAGCGUCGAUGUCGAGCAUCAGGGGAGCUGCUGAGCCCCCAGGACUGCCAGAGCUGCCUCCAUCCCCUUCUGCAGCACAGGGGCCCUGAGCUGCCUCCAUCCCCUUUUGCAGCACACGGGCCUGUCCUUGCUCAGGUGGAGGGCAGGAGGCUGUGGGGACUCAGUGGUGCCUCCCGGGUGUGCCCCGUGCGUGUGCUGCCGUCCCUGCCGCCUCGCUGUGUCUAAACGUGCUUCUCCAAUAAACAUAACUCCUCAGCUUCA